GAUAUUGUAGCUAUUUGUACAGUAGAAAAGCUGCUUGACGGGUCAGCGCACGUCACGAAACCUGUCGAAUUCUCCCUAUUUCGCUGGCAGAUUUAUUGACUAGAGAAGUUGAACAAUAAAUCUCUUAUUAGAUGUUUUGAUGUGUGAUAUCGGUAUAUGUUUGUACGAGUUGUGCCGUAUUUUGACGAGCCCGUAGCCGGGCCAACACAUCUAAUAAGAUAUAUUUACUUUCAGAGUUUGCCAAUUUUGACGUCAGUGACGUGCGGUGACGUGAGCAAUUCUUCAAGGCGUUCUCCGAGAUUAUUUGAAAUAGAACAGACAUCACGUUUUAUUGAAAUCUGAUCAUGGACAACAACGCUAGUUUCGACGCUCUUGACGGUCGCCCAAAGUGUUUCCAAAUCGUCACAUCAACGCUUACAGCAGUUAUUACCUUUGUCAGUUUUUCGGCGUUUGUCGGUAACAUUUUGGUUACCAUAGCCUUUUUCAAGAACGCCACUCUCAGAACGUGCCCAAACUACUUCAUCGUCAACAUGGCAGUUUCCGAUUUAUUUUCCUCCUUGACUAUCUGGCCGCUGUACGCUACUGAAGGGAUGCUUUCAAAGAAACACCUGAUUGACGAACCAAUGGCUACGGUAGUGUGCAAACUGGGACAAUAUUCCAGGUCUGUUUCUCAGUUGGUUUCAAUUGUGAGCCUUGUGUUGAUUGUCGUCGAAAGGUUCAUCGCCAUUGUGCAUCCAUUUCAGGUUAAAAAAUUCACAAAACGAUUGCGAGCUGUUUUACUAAUACUCACGUGGAUCAUUUCACUAUUGGUUGCUAUCCCUUUUAUACCCUUUUCAAAAAUCGUUCAACAGGGUGAACAGAUGUUCUGCAGAUUUGCAUGGGGUAAAAAGGAACUCUCCAUAUACACUCCCAUUGGAUUUGUACUGUUCUACUGUGGGCCGCUGAUAACAAUAACUGUACUUUACACCAGAAUCAUGAAAUGUCUGAGACACUCAAGACCGACAACGUGCGAAGCACAGGAAAGCACCACAAUUAGAAAUCGUCAACAGAAUUUGACUGUCAUGAGAGUCUUCAUAUCUAUUGUGAUAGUAUUUUUCCUCUGCUGGACUCCACUGUGUGUCUAUGUAUUAUUGAAAAUGGUUUUUCCACCAGUGUAUACCAAAGAUUCAUGUCUGCGAAUUGCGGGGUUCUUUUUCUACAUCUUUCCAUCAUUAGGCACGGCAAUUAAUCCAGUUAUUCUCUUUGUGUCCAGCACAAAUUUUUCUAAGGCACUGAAAGAAAUGUUAAACCGGUUCAAAUGCAGCUCUUCUUGCCUCAAAUGUAGGCAAGGCUCAAUACAAACAGACGUUAUCGAGCUUACUGAGUAAUGUACUAUGCAUUAAUUCAUUUCGGACGAAUGUUUUAAUCAAGAACUGUCUCUAUAACAAACAAUUGUCAUAAUCUGCAACCAUUGCGAUUAAACCUUUGAUCUGUAUGUUACGCAUUUUUCUCAGGAGCGUCAUAUCGAUUCUUAAAUUUUACGAUGGUCAAGAUAGCAGGAAAGCUUUAAUGCUUUGAACAUAAGAAGUUGCCAAUUGUGUACUUUUAUUUAAAACAGAACUUGCCCGUGUGAUUACGAAAAUUUUUUUUUUUAAGUUCAAGAGGAGGAAACUUAAACUUUGGGGAAAAUGGAAGUGCUUGUUUGGUGUAAUAUGUAAAUGAAAUUAGACAUCUUUUCGCUUAAUUCCGUAUUAUAUUCAAAACAUACGUACGAUCGACUGUCGUAUGAAUAUAUAUAAAUGUUUCUUGAACUUGUACGAGAUCUGUUUUGGGAAAGUUUUGCUAAAGAGGAUUUUAAUUUUCUAAUUAUUUGCCACAAAUGAAUAUGGGGACCAGGGCUGGCGCAGUUGCUAGAGCCCUCGCCUCCCACCUGUCUCAUAGGUGGGUUGAGUUUGUUGUUGGUUCUCUCGUUGCUCCGAGGGUUUCUCUUCGGCUAUAGCGCUACUCCGGUUCUCUUUCCUCUUGAAAAACCAGCCCUCCAAAUUCCAAUUCAAUCAGGACAGAGGACCCUGGUGAAAACCAGCUAAGGCUGAUGUGGCAUCCUGUCUAAACAUUUUAAUUUAUCUUGGGGGAGCGCAAUGUUUUGAGGGAGAAGUUGAAUUUCGCCGAAACUUCUUCGUUAGCGGUCCAUCUUAACGGUUCGUAUUGCAAGGGAACCCAUCACAAUUUUCCUUGUUAUCUUGAGAUCCGCAGUUUGCCAUGUAGUUAUUAUAUAUCAAUUAUAUAUUCGCCCUUACACCAUGCUGUACUUCGGAACACUGCAUCCAGGUACUAUACUGAUAAAUUUACGCAAUUCUAUGCCAAAGGUAGAAAAGACGUUUUUAUUAAACAAUUAGACUUUAAUGCGUCCUCGAUUCAAAAGCAAAUUAACACAUUUUAAGUUUUGUUAAUGUGAAUGAAUACGUAUAUGAUUAUCAUUAUUACUGUACCUAUUUCUGUUACUCAUAAACUUUUAACUAAAUACACGACCCUUCAAGUAAAUAUGUUGCCUUAAACCAAAUCGUGUUUAAUAAAGGUGGUUGCUGUUGUUUUGUUGUUGUUGUUGUUGGCACCAUACUCCUAAACAGUGCUCGUUUCUUAACGAAAAUCAAUGAUAAUUCGAACGAAACCGUAAUAAACUGGUCUUGAAACAAAAUCUCGAGAGAUAAAUACAAAUAAAACUGAAAAGAUACAUGACACGCAGUUGCGUUAGAUGUUAGCGAUACAUACAUUUGGUUUUCUUCUUUCACGACUAUUAUUUGGUCAGCUGCGGACGACAUGCAUUCACCAUGUGAUGGAGUUAUUGCUUCUAUUCAAACUUGUAGCUUUUGUUUUAUUUCUUUAAGGGCAUAAGCGACCCAACUGAAUUUCAUUAUGACUUCGGAAAUAAACCAUGUUUCACGAUGGCAUGGCUUAUUAUAUAUAUUAUAAGGCAGCAACCUAGCGAUAGGUUCUUUUGUAAUGGCGGCAAUAUA